UCCCGCCCUCCCUCCCGCCGCCCGCACGGGUACCCGCCGCCGCCGCAGCUCCCGGGGCGGAGACACGAGCUCUGGGUCGCUCGGCGGCUCCUGUUGGGUCGGCGGCGUGACGGACUCACUGCGGCGUGUCGUCCGCGCCGCCAGGCUCGUAGCGCGCCCGCCCUCCCGGCCGGCCGGCCGGCCGAGCUCCCGCUUGCGUCCCCCGGCUGGUCCGGGAGAUCCGGGCACCGCUUCGACGGCUGCUUCGCCGGACCCGCGACCCUGGUCGCAGCCCGCGCCCCGAGCGGACGGCGUCAUGAGGCACCUGCCGUAUUUCUGCCGCGGCCAGGUGGUGCGGGGCUUCGGCCGCGGCUCCAAGCAGCUGGGCAUCCCUACAGCCAACUUUCCGGAACAAGUAGUUGACAAUCUCCCAGCUGAUGUAUCCACUGGCAUUUAUUAUGGUUGGGCCAGUGUUGGAAGUGGAGAUGUUCAUAAGAUGGUGGUGAGCAUAGGAUGGAACCCGUACUACAAAAAUACAAAAAAGUCCAUGGAAACUCAUAUCAUGCACACCUUCGAAGAGGACUUCUAUGGGGAAAUCCUCAAUGUGGCCAUCGUUGGCUACCUCAGACCUGAGAAGAACUUCGAUUCUUUAGAGUCCCUUAUUUCAGCAAUUCAAGGUGAUAUCGAGGAAGCCAAGAAACGACUAGAUUUACCAGAACAUUUGAAAUUGAAAGAAGAUAAUUUCUUCCGGGUUCCUAAAAGCAAAAUCAUGAAUGGCCACUGAUGAAAAAUCAUCUUAUUCUUAUUUAUUCAUUCACUGUGUUCUAGUAUUUUACUACUCAUAACUCCUCAGUUGUUAUAUUUUAAAAAUCAAGCAUUUUCCUGCAGCUGUGAAUUAAACAGUACAAUGUACUCACCACAUUAUGCUUCAACUGUUCAAAUUCAACGCAUCAUGCUAUAGUACUAAAAUGAUUCAUUUUAAAAAUCAAGCUUCUUUUGUAUGCGAUACGUCAUUUAAAAUGUACCACUAGACAGGUCUUAAGUGUCUUAUAAUGGGAACGAAAUGUAUAUAAUUAUGGGUAAAAAGGCAAGUCACUGGUUUUGAGAUGAGGACUAUAAUUCUCAUGGUAAAAAGUAGCAUGUAUGUAUCUGUGUAGGAUGUGCUGCUAACUAGGGAAGGCUUGUAAAUAAGUGUAUUCACCAGAGCUUUGAGAGUUUAUUGUAAACCUAAGGGGGGAAAUCCAUACUUUAUAUUUUUGAUAUCUGGUAUGUUAAUAUAUUACAAAUAGACAUGUGGGGUUUCACUGUAGUUAGUCAUUUCCUCUAUGAGGUCAAAUCAUUGUACUGUGUUCCAUUUUUGUUAACAGCUGACUCAGUUCCAAUUGGUCUAGACUUCCUCAUCCUAUCAUCUGUCUCCUAGAGCAGUAAAAUGAGUGUUUUUCUAAAUCCCUAUGUUGCAUUUCUGUGUGGUAUAACAUUUGUCCUUUUUAGGGUCGAUGUUCAACGUUUUUCUUGAUUUUGGUUCCGUUUUCCUUGAAACAGUUGUCAAUGUCAGGGUUAUUUUUUUUUGUUUUCCCUAGUCCAUUUAGAAUAUUCUACAGCUCUACACUUGGACAAAAGAUGGCGCCUAUAUCAUUCCAUCCCUUCGCCCCGUGAACAGUGACUAAGUGCAAAGCUGUAUUGCAUUGUAGGGAAAAAAAUGCCCAGAACUUCAUCCUUAGGUUUCCUCAUGUUUAGGGUGAGCACACAGUGGAUGAUUUGUAUAUACCAGUUUCUUGAAGAACACAAACAUUUGUUUUCCCCCUAGAGAAACCUUUUAAGAGCCAAUUAAAUUAUGAAACAGUUAUUUAUUUUUAAUGUAAUUAUAUAUUCCUGAGCAAAUGUAAACUGUCGUAGCUGUGUACGCACAAUGUAAUUUAAUGCUAAACAGUGCUUGUAGCUUGGGGAAAAGGCAUACAUAAUAAAGCUUUAGUUAAAUAAUCCUCA